AUGUUUUGGAGAAGGGAAAUUUCAGAACAUGAUCGAAGAAUCGAAGAAGCUGUUAAGAGGCUAGAGGUCACUCGGGUGAGAGCUCAUUUUAAAAUAGAUUUAUUUUACCUUUUAUAUUUUAGAUAGAACGAGAGAUUGCUUUAAGAGAGGCUAUUAAUGAGAGGAAGAAUGCCUACAAAGUAAGUUAUCUUAAUUAUUCAUGCGUCUUCUUGUUAGAUAGCGGAGGCACAAGAGCGAUUCAAAUGGUUAUCCCUCACCGGCGUCUCCAUGUCUUUGAUGAGUGUAGUAGCAGCAGUAAAUCACAAAAACUUAUUCUACUCCAUCCCAGUUAUUCCUUGUACUGUAAUUAUUGGUUAUGAAGCGCAUAAAGCUUAUGGAAACAAAUUGGAAACUAUCAUCGGUAUGCUUAGUGUCAUAAAAUCUUGACUCUUCGUUUUAGAAAGCACAGAAGAGGUUAUGAAGAAGGCCACGAGAUCCCUUAGCUCAAGCUUCAUCUCUGUCAAAGAAAUUGAUUCUCGAGUCGAAGAUUUAUUGACUUCUCCAGAGGUUCUUGAUUAA